UGUUUUGUUUAUUAAUGAAUGAGAUGUGAAUGUGGAGGCUAUUUAAGAGAGAUCAAGGAUUGUGAUACAGAAACUCGAAAAGUUUCUUAAAUUAAGGCCAGAUGAAGAGCAAUAGUAGUAAUAGUUAUAGUGAGUGUGAGAGAGGAGAUGAUCGAGAGUUUUUGAAGAGAAAGAUGUUCAAUGGUGUAGAGAAUAUGGCUGGUGCAGCAGCAAAUCCUCCGCUGAUGAUGUCAUUAUUAUCCGUGCCUCCAGCGAAUAAUUAUCAUAGAUCAGCAAGUAGAGGAGGAGGAGGAGGUCUAGGUUUGGUUGAUAAUAAAGAUGAUGUGAUGGUACUUAAUUCUGCGUCCGCGAUGAUCCCCCCUCCUGCUGUGACCGUGGUGCUGGAAGGGCGUUCCAUCUGCCAACGCAUCAGCCUUCACAAGCAUGCGAGCUACCAGAGCCUUGCCAAGGCUCUUCGUCAGAUGUUCGUGGUGGAUGAGGAUACGUACAAUAGUAAUGCUGCUGCUCAUGCUCACGAUCUUCAUCUCUCUAAUGCCAUACCAGGUCAUCUCAUUGCUUACGAAGACAUGGAGAAUGAUCUCCUGCUUGUUGGUGAUCUUAACUGGAACGAUUUCGUUAGGGUAGCCAAGAGAAUUCGGAUACUGCCCGCUAAGACAAAUUCAAGAAAGGGAAAAGUAGUUGCAGGGGCUUGACUCAAGAACAUUAAAAAGCUUUCUACUUGAUCUGCAGAUUAGUAGCCAUAUGAAUCUUCAACCAAUCAUAACAUGAAUCUCUCUUGGCAUGGAUGUGUGAUAAAGACAUGAUAUGCCUGCUUUGGUGAAUUUAUGAAGA